UAUAGAGCCAAAACCAAAAGCAAAGAAAAAGAAUGAUUAGAAAAAGUUGAAGGAAGAGUAGUAGUAGUUAGAACGUCUCAGAACACAAGAAGUCUGCUUCAGAGGAAGCUUUCAACAUUCUUCAAAAAUGGCAGAUUUUAAAAUCGGUCAAACUCUGCCUCCCGAUCCAGAGUCAUCUUCUUUAUUACAAAUCUAACAAACCCAUUAACUCCAAAUCUCUAAACCUACAUAAUAUUCACUCUCCGAUCCAAAUCGCAGAAAAUCUACUCUGUUUCUCACUCGCUGCUCUGUUUCCAAUGGCUUGUUUCUUGAACUGCGUCCGGUUCGAUGUCACGGCGACGAUCACGGACAAACCCACAAGCAAAGAAGGUUCAUUAGCCGUCUCCGCCGGCGGCGUCACCCGUUACAGCUGGGAUGACGUAGAGGCUCUCACUUCCAACUUCUCAAGACUGAUUGGCUCUGGUGGGUACAGCAGUAUCUACAUGGCUCGCUUGUCUAACUCAGCCAAAGCUGCUCUCAAGGUUCACGUUAGCAGCCACCGCCUUUACAAGAUCUUCAAACUCGAGCUUGAUAUCUUGCUCCGUCUUCACCAUCCCAAUAUCGUCAAGCUUCUCGGCUAUUCCGACGAUUCAGAGGAAAAUGGAGCUCUUCUUCUCGAAUAUCUUCCUCAAGGAAACCUACAGGAGAAGCUACACAGCAACAGCAAACAAGUCUUACCAUGGAGGAACCGUACUACCAUUGCUUUUCAGCUAGUUCAAGCCAUUGAACACAUUCACGAGACAUGUAUCCCUCAGAUCGUGCACGGGGACAUCAAAUCUUCCAACGUGCUUUUAGACGAAAACUUUAACUCCAAGCUCUGUGAUUUCGGGUCAGCUAAAGUCGGGUUCUCUUCAAUGGUUCAGCCUUCAACGAUGUCACCAAGAUCCAGACAUGUUACCAUGGUGGGGUCUCCGGGAUACACGGACCCUCACUACUUAAGAACCGGAAUUGCUUCCAAGAAGAUGGAUAUGUAUGGGUUUGGAGUUGUGGUUCUUGAGUUGGUAUCAGGAAAAGAAGCGUUUUCUGCUGAGAGAGGCGAGAUGCUGGUGCAUGUAACGGCUCCACUUCUCAAUGAGAUUCUUGAUUCUAGUGUAGAGCUUUCAGAAGACAAUGUGAGACGCUUUUUGGAUCCGAGGUUGUUAAAAGAUAGUAUUGAUAUCGAUGAAGUGAAAGCAAUGCUGCGUGUGGCUGCACUUUGUAUUAGUACCCCACCAUCUCUAAGACCUUCGGCUUCUCAAGUGGUUAAUAAUCUUAUGCAGAAAAUCCCUUCUUUGAGUUUCCUUGGUUCUGGUAAAAAGAGUGUGAGUUGAAGGCAUCCAAAUUUCGAUGUCUGUUUGUCAUGUGUGAAACUAUGUAAAUACUCUCUUUUUGUCAUGUGUGAAUAGCAGCAUCACGAAGUAACAUUUCGUGUAAUUAUUGUUUUUGCUCCUUUGUUUGUUUGUUUUGCCUGAAAAAUUGUGUGAGAGAGAGAGAGGUUGUCUUCAUGUCAAUGUAAAUGUAACGGUCAAGUUUAAAGUAUAGGCAUGACAAUAAGAAUAAGCAAAGUUUAUGGGACUUAUAGUGUUCUCAAAGGCUCCGUUUAGAGUUGGCAAUUGGGCUCUCCCGUCCCGGACCAUUGCGGGCUUGUCUUCUAGCGGGACAUGGUGGGCCUAUCCCGCGCAAAAUGUGGUCUUGAAAACAGCUGCCCAAUCCCGUACCAUAUUUUUUGUAGGCCUUCGCAUGCCGUCCCGCGGGAGAUGUGAUAAUAAGCACAGCAGAACGAUUCAUGCCACUCCAAAACGCUUCAUGUCAUUGGAGGACAUAGUUCAAGUCGUCGGUUCAACUGAACAUAAUUCAUCAAUCAUUGUUUUGCUUAUUUUUUAUUCAAAACAAUAAUUGUAAUUAUUUGUAUCACACCCAAAAC